AAGAGGAAGCAGUUGGAGAAAACUGUAUUUAAAUUAGGACAGUAAAACACAGUUAAUUGCGGGAAAAUGGCUAAGAAGAAAAGAAGAGUUCCGGAUGUUCUUUGGAGGUUAUUCCACAACCAUGCCCGUACCCUUUUCGAGACGAUCAAAUCCUUGAUUCCUCCGCUGCAGACUUCGGCGGCGGAUUGCCGCUGCAAUGGGCGGGGAUGCCUUAGUUGCGGUGGCGCUAACUCGACGGCUUUUAUUCUUACACCCACCGACCCUCCGGAGUACAGAAAGCUCCUGAAUCAUUGCUUUGUCGUCCUUGAUGAAAAUGCGCCUGCGUUAUCUGUCUUUCAGCCUCAACACCGGCGGUCCCAGUUUGAGAUUGUUAGAACAACAAUUGAAAUGAUGAUGUCUGAGCAUCCCACCUCAUCUAAUUUAAUUCUCCAUGACUAUUAUAAGACGAGCUGCCCAAGUUCUAUUUCUGCUCUCGAUCUUCUGACAUCCGAAGCAUGGUGCCUUCUCUUAAAGAGGGUUGGGGAUGUCCUUAUGGUAUACAUUCUGCGGAAUUUUUCAAUAUUUUUGCCCCUUCCUCAAAAUAAACUCCAUCAAGUUGCAGGAUUUCCUAUCAGUGAUCUGUGCCUCACAUCUUCCAAGCGUACUGCCUGCAGUGCCGGUAGUGGAAAGAGAAAAACCACUGAUGAAAUGUGGUCAAUGUCAAUGAAGCAUCUAUGUUCUAGGCUAAGGAUCACCAAAGAGGAGUCACCUAAAGAGACUUUGACGUCUGGUGGAGACAGCUGCAUUAGUAAAGGAUCACAUUCACUUGCUGCUGGCCAAGUUUCCUCAAACCAUUGUCUUUCAUCUAAUAGGAAACGGAAAAGACCGAAUAGUUGGCAACGUCGGAGAAAGCGUCAACUUUUGGCAACUCACGAAGCACAUUCCUUAAAUCCAUGCAGAAAUUCAACAGAGAUAGAGGAACCACCUUCUACUCUUCCACAUAAAAUACAUACAGUGGGGUGGUGCUCUUGUUGCCUUGUGUUUUGUAAUCCAUUGAAAGACAUAGAUGAGGUAAUUAUCAGUAGAAACGCCAUGUUGUACAAGUUAGAGAAUUGUUCAACUGUCUUUCCAAGAAAACAUAUACUGAAUUCCUUGAAGCACAACUCUUCUGGUGCAAACAAUCUCUUCAACGAAAUUUUUGGAUCUUGUGGUGUUACGAUCAAUGGACAAAUUUCUCCAUGUGUACAUACCACCAAGUGCUGUUGUACCAGAGCAACAUGCUUAUAUCACUCACUUAUUCGGAUGCUUGAAGUUCUCAUACGUAAGUCUCAGUGCUGUCGGCACUUACGGUUAUUGGAGAAGCACUGUCCUAUUCCAUCCUUGGAUGAGGUUUUGGAAAGAGUUUCAUUUGAGGAUUAUCAGGGAAAUCAAUCUACGGUGAAUCCAGGUGCAAAAGAUCCGAAGCAUAGUGAUGAAUUAAUGGGAGAUAGUUUUAGCUCAGAAACUCGUGAAAGAUCCGAAGCACAGCAUUCUAAGAUAAGACCAAGUGUAUGUUAUUCUCUGAAGAAACAAGUUGUAUCAUUUAUUUGGGCAGUUUGUCGGAAUAUUGUGCCCCCGGAUUUAUUAGGAAUUCCUUCGAAUUGGCGAAUUCUGACAAAGAAUAUCUCCAGGCUCAUUCAGAUGCGCAGAUAUGAGAAAUUCUCUUUUAAUCAGUGUCUGCAUAAAGUGAAAAUAUCUAGGUUUCCUCUGCUUUCAGGUAUGUUCAAAGAUUGUGGUGGAAUUGGGGCCUUAGAUGUUGUGAAACAUAAAGUCCUACAUUGCUGGAUAUUUUGGUUCUUUUCAUAUCUUGUAGUGCCACUGGUGCAAGCCAACUUUUAUGUAACUGAAACUGAACACGAGAAUCAAGAGGUCCUCUAUUAUCGGAAGUCUAUUUGGAAUCAGGUAAAGGCUGAAGGUAGGGCUAGCUUAAAUGAUCAGCAGUUUCUUGAAUUGGAUGUUCCUUCUGUUUCGAAAAUCUUGAGGAACAGAGCAUUUGGUUUUUCUAGGGCUCGGUUUCGUCCAAAGAAAAAUGGGUUAAGGAUAUUGGAAAAUCUGAAAGCACCAUCAAGAAUUCGCGUGAAGCUGGCUUCCCAAUUCAGUGAUCUGAAAAAGGCAUAUCCUAUGGGAAAGGUCAAAUAUGAAUAUUUUAGGUCAGUGAAUUGUGCUCUUCGUGAUUUGCAUGCAGUGCUAAAAGGAGUACAAGUAAAAGAACCAGUGAAACUGGGGUCAUCAGUGUUUAAUUAUAAUGAUGUCUACAAUAAGCUUGUUCCUUUCCUGAUGAAUAUUAAGAAUGGUUCGGCAACAAUACCUGAUGCAUACAUCAUUGUAUCAGAUGUAGCCAAAGCUUUUGACACCAUAAACCAGGAUAAGUUGUUGACCGUGAUGGAGAGUAUUGUAUCAGACGAAGAAUAUGCCUUAGAAAAAAGUUUCCAAGUUGUCUGCACAAAGAGAUCUUUGUGGGUCAAUCAGAAUCUGACACUUGCACAUGAUAAUAUUAUACCCUCCAAUGCUUUUCGUCCAUUGCAUCACGUUUUUGUGAAACAGGAGAGAGGCAGAAAUGUAAAGAAGGGUGAGCUUACCUUUUACUUGAAUGAGCACAUAAAACGCAAUGUGCUUCUCAUGGAUACCAAAUUCUACUUGCAAUGCCUCGGCAUUCCCCAAGGAAGUGUUAUAUCUUCUCUGCUAUGCUCAUUCUACUAUGGAUACCUUGAAAAUAAUCUGAUUUUUCCUUUUCUUGAGAAAGUUUGUAAGUCUGGCAAUGGAUGUGAAGAUGAACUUGUAGAACAUAUGCCGAAGUAUCUUCUCCUUAGGUUAAUAGAUGACUUUCUAUUUAUAUCAACCUCUAGGCUCCAAGCUUCUAGUUUUUUCUGCCGAUUGCGUAGAGGGUUUCAUGAGUUCAACUGCUACAUGAAUGAAGAAAAAUUUGGGUUGAACUUUGAUAUGAAUCAUCUCUUAGGCUUGCGAUCCAAUAGACUAUAUGCUGGAGAUGAUGGAAUCUCAUUUCUUAGAUGGAGUGGGUUAUUUGUUAACUGUUGCACUCUAGAAAUUCAAGCAGAUUAUACAAGGGAUCUUUUUUGGAGGACAAAAUUUAGAAUUCGAGGUGGUAUUUUUUUGGAGUAUAAGAGUAGCUUGGCGUUAUUUGUUACUGGCAAACGCACACUGCUUAGACGAAGGAUGUUUUCACUGCAAAACAUAUUGGGAAAUGAUUUUUUUUCCAAUAAGGUAUUUGAGUACGCAUUUGAGCUCAACACAAACUGUCAUCUGGAAAGGUAGACCGGUUCGUGAGUUGAAAUCAAAGUUGUGUCGCUAUCUGCGCCCCAAGUGCCAUCCCAUAUUUUUUGACUCAAACAUAAACUCGGCGGCUGUGGUCAGACUUAAUAUAUACCAAGCUUUUCUGCUUUGUGCCAUGAAGUUCCACUGCUACAUCUCUGAUCUUGCUAGAAUAGCAAGGCUAAGCACCAAGUCAUAUUUUGAUGUUCUGGAAACCUCUUUGAGGCAUAUGAAGAAGCGCAUAAAGCACAUUAAGAAGUUUACUUCUGAAAUUCCGCCUAUUAUUGAAGUGGAGAUGGGAGAAAUCGAAUGGCUUGGGUUAAUUGCUUAUAUUAGAGUACUGAUGAGGAAGCAAUCACGUUAUAGAGAAUUACUACCCUUACUAAAGUCUAAGCUGAUGGCAGUUAGAUACCCAGAAUCUUUGUCUCCAGCUCUCAAGUAUGCCACUGAUGACAUACACUCCUCUACGCUUUGGAAGAUUAGGUACUAACUGACUGGUUUCAGGAGCAGAAGAAGUACUUUCUCUUCUUUUGAAUGUUCACCUCAUCUAAUGAGUUACCUUAACCUUAUUAAUAUUCCAUUUAUAAGGUCUGAACUCAAGAUAUUGUUCAUGUAUGGGAAUUUGAACUCGGAUAACCUUAAUAUCAGUUGUUGAAUGUGCCAUCGAAUGAUUCUACUGAGUUUCAAAAGAAUCAAAAGA